CAGAUUGAUCCAAAGCCAUGUACACCUAGAGGAAUGCAGCCAGAAAGGACUCGAUCAAAAGAAAGCUGGAAGGGGCCUAAAGUUGAUACCAGUAGAGCCAAUAAAGUUUUUGUUGGCGGGAUUCCUCAUAGCUGUGGAGAAGCAGAGCUCCGGGAGUACUUUAAGAAGUUUGGAUUGGUCACAGAAGUAGUUAUGAUCUAUGAUGCAGAGAAGCAGAGGCCUCGAGGUUUUGGAUUUAUUACUUUCGAGGACGAACAAUCAGUGGACCAGGCUGUCAACAUGCAUUUUCACGACAUCAUGGGCAAAAAAGUGGAAGUGAAGCGAGCUGAGCCUCGUGAUAGUAAAAUACUCGGAAUAGGCCAACAAGUGGGCAGCCAAUGGGGAAGCAGAGCAAUGUUGAACACAGCCAAUGGCUGGACAGGACAGCCUGCACAAACAUGGCAGCAAGGCUAUGCCACACAAGGAAUGUGGAUGGCAAGUCAGACUUUAGGUGGGUAUGGGCCUCCUCCACCUGGAAGGGGAGCCCUACCACCGUCAUUUACCUCUUACAUAGUUUCAACACCAUCUGGAUUUGCAACCACUCAAGGAUACCCCCAGGGAUACCCUACAGCAACACAGUUUGGCUUGGGUAACUAUCCUCAGGAUCCAUCAAGCUAUGGACCUACCCGUCCUCUGCACUCUUACGUUCAGGCUGAACAGGGAUAUAGUGCAGGUUAUGGACAAGAUUUGAGUGCAUUUGGUCAGGGUUUUUCUGAACUUACCCCAGCAGCUACUUCAUAUGGAGCACCUUCAGCGCCAGCAGCUGGUGGUCCAGCAACAGGAGGAAGUGGAUUUGGUCGUGGACAGAACCAUAAUGUGCAGGGCUUCCACCCAUACAGACGCUGACUAAUUCAAAGUUAAGAAAUUCUUUCUACAUCGUAGUUUCUGGCACAAGUUCAAGCUCUGAGUUUCCAGAUUUGAGGACACUGUGUGACAAUCACAUGCCUGAUAUAAGAAACGGAAGGAAAAAUUUAAAAACGAGAAAACUGAUUUGAAGAAGACGCUGUGGGUUUUUGGACUGCAAUUUUUAAAUAUUUCUUCCUCUAUCUUGCCCAUCAGCACAAUUUGAAAGCCUUUAUUAGAAGUCCACAGGGUUUUAAAAGAACUUGACGCAGCUUUAUUCAAUUUCAGGUUCCUUUUUUUCCUGAGCCUUUGUUUUACCAUUUAUUGUAAACUUUUAUGUUGAGAUAAAUAUAUACAUUUACAUACAGAUGAAAUUUUUAAGAGAAAUUUUCUACUAUGUUCGUAUACUUGGCUUAUUUUUUAAUUUAAAGAUGUAGAUUUCUCUCAGGCAGAUGGCUUGGUGCAUUUUUGCACUACCUGGUGGUAGACAAAACCCCUGGUUUGAAUAAAGAAUAUGUUUGAAUUACAAGAUGUUUUUAUAAUGUGAUUGUGUUUAAUUGUUGAACUCCACAGGAUAGAUGAUAUUAAAUAUUGCUAAUUUGUGCCAUGAAAA